UAUUAUGUGGUAAAAAAAAGGGAGAAACAAUAGCAAAGGGGGAGAGGGGAGCUGGGAGAGAUCGCAGUUUUUGGUUGAGAGGGUUUCUUCCUCUAACUGGAAUUCUUCUAUCAUUCUAGUUAGAGAACCCAAAUUCAUAUCAUUUUUAUUCCUUUUAACUAGAAACCCUAAUUAUCAAUGGUUAGCACUCCUAAAUCUUCAUCUAAUAACCACUCUCCGACAAGUGCUCCGUCAUCGGCGACUUCUGGUGACACCAACAACCCUAGUUUCAUGCGAAAAACUCUUCCUUCUCCUUGGGCUCAGGUUGUCCGUGGUGGCGAGACAGAAUCACCCACCGGCAUUCAUCAAUCACUGCCGUCAUCAUCGUCAUCUUCCUCCUCCUCUCUGACAACAGGCGCCAACGACCAAGCUCCGUCGUCUGAUUGUUCCCCAAAGGCGGUUUCUACUCCGCCGUUGGUGGACAACUUAAUUACGAUAGCCUCCGAUGUUAGUGAUGGCAAUGCAGGUCAUUCUAAGAAAUCCGUAUGGAACAAACCCUCAAACGGCGUCGUUGAGACUGGUCCUGUAAUGGGUGCUGAAUUGUGGCCUGCUUUGUCUGAAUCCACCAAAUUUUCUGGUAAAUUGCCAGCUGAAUCUUCCCCUAAGACUGCUGCUGUUGAUGGAUCACCUUCUACUUCUCAGGGGUCUGUAAUUUCACACCCACCUCAGAGACAAGGUACUAGUAACACAAAAUUUAGUUCGGCAACAAUCUAUAAUAUGCAAAAUAGACCAAGACCCGUGAAGAGGGUUGCUGGCGUCAACGUUGGACCUGGUCCUGUUCAGGGAAACUUCUCCAGCCCUCCUACUCCUCCACCACUGCCUCCUUUUCCUAUAUAUCAACUCACUCCAGGUAGCUACGGGAAUAUGGGGCCAAGUAUAUCCGACUCUUCUUCAAGAUAUCAUUACCGGAACAAUAACUGCGACGCAAGACCAUUAGUUGGUGAUUCCUCUCGCAGAAGUAAUUUUGGGUCCCAUCCACGAGGAAAUAAUUUCUAUCAUCAGAAUACUUAUAGUAAAGAUCGUGGAAAUAGAGAUUCUCAUGCACCUCAACAAAGGAUGCUUCCCAGAGGAUUAUUGAGGCACCCACCACCUGGUCCUGCUGCAUUUUUGGGUCCUCAGCCAAUUGGACCAUUUCCAAACCAAGUUGCUUAUCCUGAGUUGUAUUACUUUCCAACAGUAACGAUGGAUCCCUUUAGGGGUAUGCCGUUCUUCCCCCACAGCCCUUCCCCGGCAACAUUCUUCCCUGCGGCAGAAUCUCCUCUGUCCAAUAUGAUAGUCAAUCAGAUUGACUAUUAUUUCAGUGAUACUAAUUUAAUAAAAGAUGAGUUUUUAAGAUCCAAUAUGGACGAAGAGGGUUGGGUUCCAAUUACCUUGAUAGCAAACUUCCCUCGAGUUAGAAAUUUGACAAGUAACGUUCAGUUGAUAUUGGAUUCGUUGAGAGGUUCAACUGUUGUGGAUGUUCAUGAUGACAAAUUGAGGAGGCGUAAUGAUUGGAUGAAUUGGUUGCCCUCUAGUCAAGUCAAGAUUGAAUCUAGUUCAGUUUCAAGUGGAUCAAGAUACAGUAACUUGACCGAUGAUUUUCAAACUAUCACUCUGGAAAAAACAACUCGUGAAGAUGAAGGUGAGUCUUCUCGUCAGUCUCCACUUUCAAAUGGAAGUGAGGAUGCGGGUAACGUCAAUUAAAACUUAAAACUGAAUCGUCAAUUAAAACUUAAAACUGCACACUAUCCGGACUCAACUCUUAUCUAGACACACCUUGAAGUUAUGUGUAAUGUGUCUAGUGUUUAGCCUCAUAGUACAUUGUUAUGUUUGACAAUUUUAUUUUUUAUAUUUUGCUUUUGACGUGGAGGGAGUAGAUACAGUAUGAAAUUUGGUUUCCUCUAUCGUCGUUGAGCUCGAUUUUGACCGUACUUUUAGCGUAAACAAAUAAUUCUUUCGACAAACAUAAAUUUUUGAGUUUUGACCGAUACAGUUCUGAUAUUUUCUA